AGGAAGGCACACACCGUGAUCCAACACGUUCCUAGCCGACACACAAUUUCAGCAAGCCAAUAUGAAAGCCGUGCUCGCCGUGGUGGUCCUGGGCGCAGCAGCCGCCGGCUUUGCUACUGCAGUGCCCACCAAUCCCAGCACCGGCAGUACCGGCCAGCAGCACCAGCAACAUCAGCCUAACGAGAGACGCGAUAUCGGAGUGGGGGAUGUGAACUUCGGCGAUAAGAGCUUCAACCCCAACGUCAAUGUAAAUAACAAGCAUUAUCCUUCACCAGGUGCAUCGAGCGACUCUGGAGUGGGUAGGGUGAACUUCGGCGUUGGCAGCUUCAACCCCAACGUCAAUGUAAACAACACUGCCUACCCCCCUGUUCACGUACCCAUCGGAACCUACCACCCUCUGCCCUGUAACAAGCAGCGAACUCCCGUCUGUCAAUAAACUCAGCUAUAUCUAAUGCUGUGACGUCGACCCCUGUGCUGUUGUUCCCUCUGCUUACAGUAGUAAGUUCACAUAUCCUUGUAUAAUAUAUUCCGGAUUUACCUAUCUGCAGGCAUGUAUGUACUUUGUGUGAAUAAAAUUGUGUCUGUGCCUUUAUA